AUGUACUCCGUCCCCCAGAGAGACCACUUGCUCACAGUGCUCACGCAUGGAGCUGGCGGGGGUCGCUGCUUUCUGGAUGGACCACUGAAGGCUUGUGGAUGGACCACUGAAGGGAUGUGGAUGUACCACUGAAGGGAUCGUUGUGGAGGGACCACUGAAGUGUUGUGGAGGGACCACUGAAGGGGUCGCAAAGCUGCACUGCCAUGGAGUUUGGAAAAGUUGUGUCCAGGCACCAGAGGACGUUGCUGAUCACCAUGAUGAUGUUCAAGCUGGGCUUCCUGUGCACCGCAGCAGCCGACAAGUGUCUGGCGUCCCCGUGCAGCAACGGCGCCACCUGUCUGGAACAUCUGGGCGACUACGUCUGCCUCUGUCCCAAAGGACCGGUGUGGUACAUGGGAAAAAACUGUGACCAGCUGUACGACGCCUGCAUCCUGGCACCUUGCGCCAACUGUACCAGCAGUCCCGGCACCCCAAACUUCACAUGCCAGUGCCCGGCCGGCCUGACGGGCCUGAACUGUACCCUGGACGUGGACGAGUGUGGAAGCAACCCUUGCACGGGUGUCAGGUCUUACUGUGUCAACAGAGUCAACGCCUACUCCUGCCACUGUCCCCGUGGACUGGGAGGCGAACACUGCCAGUCUGAGGUCACCACUUGCUCAGAGGGAACGUGCCAGAACGGCGGCACCUGUACGGACAUACCCGACGUCGGGCAUCAUUGUCAGUGCGCUGCUGGAUACCAGGGCGCCAACUGCCAACAAAACCUUAACGAAUGCGAGUCGUCGCCGUGUCAAAACGGAGCGAUAUGUAAAGACGGCGCCGAUGCCUAUCAGUGUUUCUGUGUGCCUGGCUUUCAAGGUUUCCACUGUGACUUGGACAUAAACGAGUGCGCCUCCCAGCCGUGUCACAACAAUGGCACCUGCCUGGAUGAAGUGGACAACUACAGCUGUGACUGUGUUCAAGGCUUCACAGGGAUGAACUGUGAGGAGGAGAUAGACGAGUGUGAAGAGGAACCCUGUCAGAAUGGAGCUACCUGCCAAGACCACGUGGCCACCUACACCUGUACCUGCAUGGAAGGCUUCCAGGGUCACGACUGUGAGGUCAACGUAGACGAAUGUGCCAGCACGCCGUGCCUCAAUAACGCCGUGUGCCUUGACGGGGUCAACAGAUACGAGUGCGACUGCGAGGGGACGGGCUUCGAAGGCGACCAUUGCGAGGAGGACAUCCCCGAAUGUGCUUCGGAUCCCUGCCAGCAUGGAGCCUCCUGCUUGGAGGGCGUCAACCAGUACACGUGCCUCUGCUGGCCAGGCUACCUGGGCGACAACUGCCAGGUGGAUGAAGACGAGUGUGAAGAGGACCCGUGUGAAAAUGGCGGCCAGUGCUUUGAGCGUUCGGAUCUUUCCAACUAUGGCGUUCUUCCUGAACUCAGCACAGCCCACUUCAGCUACCAAGCAGCGGCGGGAUUCAUCUGCCACUGCCAACCUGGAUUCACAGGAGAAAACUGCUCGCUGGACGUGGACGAGUGCGUCUCCGCUCCGUGCCAACAUGGCGGCAGCUGCCAGGAUGGCCUCAACUCCUACCAGUGCUGGUGCCCUGAAGGCUUCACAGGUGUACACUGUGAAGUGGACAUCGACGAAUGCGACAGCAAUCCUUGCCAGAAUGGUGCCACGUGUGAGGACAGUGCCAACGCCUACUUGUGUACGUGCCCGGCUCCAGAGCCAGACAAAGAGCCUCUGGGCGGACGCAACUGUGACAUUGUCCUGGUUGGCUGCCAGCAGCACCGGUGUGAACAUGACGGGGUCUGCAUGCCUUUGCUGACCGCUUACGGUGAUCAUAGCUACACCUGCCUGUGCGGGCCUGGCUGGACCGGCGAGCUCUGCAACACCUCCACCACCUUUUCAUUCAAUUGGGAAGGCUACGUCCAUAUGCAGCUGCCGGUCCCCAACAACCAAGCAAGGCUUGGUUUUGAUGACCAGAACUACGGACUCCAUAUGCAGCUCAGAUUCAGGAGCACUUUGCCGGAUAUGAUACUCUACCACCGUGGUACCGUGGAACGCUUCAUGUCCCUGGAGUUGGUCCGAGGUUCUCUACAGGCCAGGUUAAAGUCCGGAAGGAUACUGCAGGUCACUCAUCCAGGUCCAGUUAAUGACGGAGAAUGGCACCAAGUCACCGUGACUAUGGAUGACCGGUUGACUCUGACCGUAGUGGGCCCUAACUGUGAGGAAGGGUGCCAAGUGAAAAACGAGGCUUACAACCACCUGAUCUUCUUCCAGUCCGACUCUUUUCAACAACUGUACAUAGGCGGGGUGGCGCAGGAAUAUUGGACCCUCACAAGCAGUGGGAGGGCUUUCAUUGGCUGCAUGGAAGACUUUCAAGUUGACUACAAGCUGCUGUUGCCUCAGGACCUGAUGAGAGAGGAAAGCUUAGGCUUGGAACUGGGAUGCAGCAAAGAGGAUUUGUGCCACGAUGACCCGUGCCAACAGCGAGGGAAGUGUGUGGACAUGUGGGUGGAGGCCAAGUGCCAAUGCUACCGGCCUUACUACGGAGAAACAUGUGACCAAGAAUAUCUCUCCUGGACGUUUGCUCAUGAGAACGUCACAAGCUACGCUGCCUUCAACAUCACAGAAAGCCAUGGAGAACAUUUCUCCUUCUCCUUCAUCAUGCGAUCCCUCAAAGAGAACGGCUUGCUGGCGCAGUUUGGCCGAGAGAAGAAGUCCUACCUGAGCAUCUACCUGAAGGAGGGCGUGGUGGCCGUCUACAGCCCUCACACCACACUCUUGUCGGAGGCCCGCUCCGUCGCCGACGGCAACAGUCAUUUGGUGACUGUAGCCGUCAACCACGGCCAGGUUUUUUUCCCCAAGGCGGGGAACCACCGAGCCCUGGGGAACGUGAGCGUCCAGGCAGGCGAUGUGGUCUUUGUCGGGGGACUCCUGGCAGGGGAGAACCUCCACACCUGGGGUGGACCAUUUAAGGGCUGCCUGCAAGACCUUCGGCUGGACGACAAGCAUCUGACCCUGGGGGAGGAGGAGCCGGGGGGUUACCUGGCAACGGCCCAGGAGAACGUUCUGCAGGGAUGCCAAAGUGAUGACACUUGCAAGAACGAGCCCUGUGCCAACGGGGGCAAGUGUCAGAUCACCUGGAAUGACUUCAAGUGCAACUGUUCCCUUCGAUUCUCCGGACGUCUGUGCCAGAAACGGCUGUGGUGUGUGGACGAGCCUUGUUUCCAUAGAGGCCAAUGUGUGGACCUGUGGGAUGGUUAUGAGUGCCUGACUGAAGCAUUUUUUCAGGACAACGCUGUGGAGUAUUUUGCCAACAGCUCCCUGCUGAGCCCGGUCACCAACUUCACCCUGGACCUUAGAACACGAGACCAUAAUGGCAUCUUGGUGCGGGCCAACAACCAAGCUGAGGUUUUCUGCCUGGGUCUCCUUAACUCCAGCCUUCUGGUGAAAAUGGACAGUGGAAGAAGUGCAGAGCUGCUGGCGUUCACCAGUGACCGCAUCAUCGCAGAUGGUGCCUGGCACCGGAUUCAGUUGACCAUGGUGAACCCUGCACUGCCAAUGUCUCCAUGGCGUCUCACUGUGGACGGCUACCCGGCCGGGGGAAGCCUGGGAGCUGCCGGCAACCUCAACUUCCUGAAUGAUACCAACAUUUGGCUUGCUGAGAAAUAUACCGGCUGUCUGGGAGAAGUGCGUGUGGGCGGAGUCUACCUACCACUCUUCAACGUAGCAGACGCGCCCCAGACCAGUAGCUUCUCCAGACUGAGUCAACAUGAGCCGACAGUCGGAUGCCAGGGUGCCCCGGUUUGUGACUCUCAGCCAUGUGUCAAUGAGGGUGUGUGCCAGGACCAGUUUAAUGAGUUUAACUGCAGCUGCAGACCAGGUUGGGAGGGCAAGUUGUGUGAGGCCGAGAUCAACGAGUGCUCCUCUGACCCAUGUGUCCACGGGACCUGCCAAGACUUGCUGGCACAUCACCAGUGCCACUGUGAGCCUGGUUAUGUGGGCACUAACUGCCAGGAGGAAGUGGAUGACUGCUUGGAGUUCAGCUGCUUGAAUGGGGGAACCUGUGUGGAGAAGAUGGAAGUCCAUACCUGCUUGUGUCCUCCUGGAUACGUGGGGAAACGCUGCCAACGGCGGUUCCCCCCGGUGGCUUGUGACGCUGCCACCAAGUGCCUUCAUGGAGGGGUUUGCAUCGGGGAGGACACUGGGGGCAACUGUACCUGCAAGCCAGGAUACUCUGGGACCAGGUGCGAGACAGAAAUAGACGAGUGCGAGUCCAGUCCUUGUCUCAAUGGCGCCACCUGCCUGGACAGACUCAACCACUUCCAGUGUGUGUGUGUGCCAGGCUAUAGUGGCACCCGCUGUGGAAGCAAUAAAAAGGAGCACAAGGAGCGAGUUCCCUGGCUGGUGGUGACCAUCCCCCUCACCAUGUUGUGUGUCCUACUGGCCAUCCUGGUCAUCUUCUUCCUGGUCAUGACGGCCCGCAAGAAGCGGCAGUCGGAAGGCACCUACAGCCCCAGCUCCCAGGAGGUAGCUGGAGCCAGGCUGGAGAUGGGCAGCGUGCUCAAAGUGCCACCUGAAGAGAGGCUCAUCUGAGACCUGCAGUCUGGUCUACUGCCUCGUUUUAGGAGGCCAUGUGGAACUGGUACAAAGAAGGAAACUCCUGCUCUGAGGUGGGAACAAGACUGCUGCUCCACCUGAGCUCGGGAGAUUGGCAGGUAUCCGAUCUCAAGAUGGUUUACUUUCAAAGAUCAUCUCAGAAUUGAGCCACUCCAGGAAAAGGCAGAAAAGCCCAAGCCAGUUCUGGCAUCAAAGACACAAAUGGUGCUGAAAGAACAGGACAUGAGCGGGUGUUGUUGAUAUUGUAGCAUACUAUCAAUUCUGGACUUGUGUGGAUGUUCUUCCAUUGGAUUUAUUGCACAUCAUCAUCACAAGUCUUUAAGUAUAACCUUCCUCUGAGCUCUCGGUUUAUGCUUCUCGCAAAUCACAAUAUUACUGUUAUAAUAUUAUAUAUUAUACAGUUUACCUAAUAUUUGAUAUUAGUCUUAGUUGUAAACUGAGAGCUUUCUUCUUGAAACUAUCUGACAUUCUAUACACUUCUUAUUGUCUUUUGUUUCUUCUGAUCUUUUUGGCAAGAACAAUCCACCUAAGUCUGUACUUACUUACAUCCCAUUUGAAAUUAUCAUUUCUAGAUAGGUAGUACUAAAAACUGCUCAGACUCCGUAGCUCACAUUUUCAUAAUAUGGCAUAAGGAUCAUUGCACUGGGUCAAGGAAGGGAAUUUGGCAUUCAAUGGAUAAGUGAAAAAUAGAUCUCAUUAUUUAACACAUUUAUCACAGCAUGGACACACAAAAGGACUGAAAUUUGGUACUGGUGGGUGAUGGUCCCGAUUCCCUGGUACCAGGAAUUGGUACCGCAUCAAUUUAAAUGUGAAAGGUACCCAUCCCAAGUUGAAGGUUGAGCUUCAAGGGGAACUGCACUUUUUUGGAUUUGUGUUUUUUCAUUCACAAUCUUUAUGUAAAACAAAAACACAAAUGUUUUCUUUUUUGAUGCAUUCUAACUCCUAAAUAAACACUAGCAAACAAUGGAGUCAAUGGAAGUCGCACUCUUCCACCUAUAAAGUGCUCUGAAAAACAUCCAAAAACGUCCCAUCCAUCAAGGUUUUAUAUACUGUACAUGCAGUAAGUAUGUGUAAUGUAGUAACAUUCAUAAUAACAUAUAAUAUAUACAUGAUUUAAGUAUAUAUGUAGUAUCUAGUAACAUUAAUAAUAACAUGUAAUAUAUACAUGAUGUAAGUAUAUAUUUCAUGUAGUAACAUUCAUAAUAACAUGUAAUAUAUACAUUAUGUAAGUAUAUAUGUCAUGUAGAAACAUUCAUAAUAACAUGUAAUAUAUACAUUAUUUAAGUAUAUAUGUCAUGUAGAAACAUUCAUAAUAACAUGUAAUAUAUACAUGAUGUAAGUACAUAUGUAGUAUCUAGUAACAUUCAUAAUUACAUGUAAUAUACCCAUGAUGUAAGUAUAUAUGUAGUAUCUAGUAACAUUCAUAAUAACAUGUAAUAUAUACAUGAUGUAAGUACAUAUGUAAUGUAGUAACAUUCAUAUUCCAUCCAUCCAUCCGUCUUCUUCCGCUUGUCUGAGGUGGGGUCGCAGGGGCACCAGACUUCCCUCUCCACUUGGUCCACUCGGUUCAGCUCCUCCCGGGGGAUUUCCGAGGCGUUCCCAGGCCAGCCGGGAGACAUAGUCUUCCCAACGUGUCCUGGGUCUUCUCCGUGGCCUCCUACCUGUCGGACGUGCCCAAAAACACCUCCCUAGGGAGCCGUUCCGGUGGCAUCCUGACCAGAUGCCCGAACCACCUCAUCUGGCUCCUCUCCAUGUGGAGGAGCAGCGGCUUUACUUUGAGUCCCUCCCGGAUGACAGAGCUUCUCACCCUAUCUCUAAGGGAAAACUCAUUUGGGCCGCUUGUACCCGUGAUCUUGUCCUUUCUGUCAUAACCCAAAGCUCAUGACCAUAGGUGAGGAUGGGAACGUAGAUUGACUGGUAAAUUGAGAGCUUUGCCUUCCGGCUCAGCUCCUUCUUCACCACAACGGAUCGAAUCCGAAUUACUGAAGACGCCGCAGUGAUCCGCAUGUCCAUCUCAUGAUCCACCCUUUCCUCACUCGUGAACAAGACUCUUAGGUACUUGAACUCCUCCAUUUAGGGCGAGGUCUCCUCCCCAACCCGGAGAUGGCACUCCACCCUUUUCCGGUUGAGAACCAUGGACUCGUACAUGGAGGUGCAGAUACUCAUUCCAGUCGCUUCACACUCAGCUGCAAACUGAUCCAGUGAGAGCUGAAGAUCCUGGCCCGAUGAAGCCAUCAGGACCACAUCAUCUGCAAAAAGCAGAGACCUAAUCCUGCAGCCACCAAACCGGAUCCCCUCAAUGCCCUGACUGCGCCUAGAAAUUAUGUCCAUAAAAGUUAUGAACAGAAUGGGUGACAAAAAGCAGCGUUGGCGCAGUCCAACCCUCACUGGAGACUGCUCCCACUUACUGCCAGCCAUGCGGACCAAGCUCUGACACUGAUCAUACAGGGAGCGUACCGCCACAAUCUGACAGUCCGAUACCCCAUACUCUCUGAGCACUCCACACAGGACUACCCGGAGUGCACGGUCAAAUGCCUUCUCCAAGUCCACAAAGCACAUGUAGACUGGUUGGGCAAACUCCCAUGCACCCUUUCUGCACUCACAUAUGUGUUCUUGACAAAGAAAACAAAAAAACAUAUGUGCUCUUAUCUGUCAUAAGGAUUUUCAAAGAUAGGGAACGUUACAAAAAGGUGCAGUUCCCCUUUAAGGAUAAGCAGAUUGAAUAAAUCAAUAUAAUGUGAGAAAAGUGACUAGGACAAGUCACAGGUGUAAGAUCAGUAUUAUUUCAUGUGGAUUUAAAUAGCAGACAAUCUUUGCCCAGGCACACCCUCCUGGCUUUGGAGUAUAAAUAUUUGGGAUUUGGCACCAGCCGCUAGACUAGAUGUGACCAAUUUAAAUCUAAGACUAGAUGUAACAAUCUAAGUCCAAGACUAGAUGUGACCAAUCUAAGUCUAAGACUAAAUGUGACCAAUGUACGUCCAAGACUAGAUGUAACAA